UCGCAUUUUUAUUUUCAUUUUAGAUUUCAAUGUUUCUUCUCCUCCUCAUGCUCUUCACUGUUAAAAGUAUCUUGAUGGAUAAAACAAAAGAUCCCCAGAAAGAUGCCUUGAAAACUACACAACGACAGGAUCCAAGUAGUAAUGAGACAGAGAAUAUUUCAGGGGAUGCCUAUUCUAAAUCUAACAUCACUAAGAUACAGGACCUUAAUCCUGUAAAUUGUGAGAAAACAACACUACCUCUGAAGGGGAAAUUUGAAUGGCAAUGCUCUGAAACCCCUGCUCUUGGCGAACACUGCAGGUUAUCUUGUAAAGGAGACGACAUCCUAAGCAAGGAGUUUAAAACAAUCUGCACUCCUGCAGGCUGGAAACCGAAUCCUCAAGAAAUGAAAGAGAGAACAUGUGUGGAAAAUAUAUGUCCCAGACUAGAAAAUGAAACUGUCCUUUAUGGUAAAUGGGCCUGCUCCCACCCUACUGAGGAUUGUGCGGAAAGGAGGAUAGGAAGUGUGUGCACAUUAACCUGUGAUCCUGGUUUACAUGCUUCUAAAGGAAAGUAUCGUGUGUGUACAAGAGGUGGAUGGAUUCCUCAAUCCUCAGAUCUAAUUUGCUUUAAAUGUCCUGCCCCGGAAAAUCCUUUAAAUGGUUACUGGAAAUGCGGGUAUAGGGAUAAAAGUGAAAUUUGCUUGCUGGAAUGUAAUAAAGGUUACAGAUUAUCUGGACCUCAGAUGGUUGUGUGCAAUGAAGGAAGUUUUGAAACAAACUCUUCAUCAUGUGUAAAAACUGAUCAAGUUGCAGAGGAUAGUGUCCCAACUAACUCAGGUUUCCUUGCACUGAAGAAGAUGAUAAAAGAUGUCAAAGAAGAUUUUGAAUGCACUCCAUUAAAUCCUCCAGAGAAUGGGCAAUGGGUUUGUCAUUCUGACUUGUCAUGUGCACUCUUAUGCAACAAUGGAUUUGGUAUAUCUAGACCUGUAUUAGCUAGAUGUAUUCUUGGACAAUGGUGCUCUAAUACACUUGGAAUUGCAUGUCAACCUGAGAAAGGAGUUUAUCAAGAAAUUCUUCAGAUUAAUGAGUUCAGAAAUAGUUCCAACUUUAAUGACAUGCCAUGUGAGGAUGAGGAAGAGGGACUCAAAAUGAUUUCAGAACUCAAUGCAACUCCAAACCCAGGGUCACAGAAAGAUGACAUUUUGAAACAAGUAAAUUUUGGAAAAAUUGACAAAGUGGAAUUGGAUGUUGACAAAAUUAUUUUGGAAAAAAAGGAUAUGGAGAUUAACAGACUAAAUUAUCCCACUAUUUACGAAAAUGCAGCACAAGAGCAUAUAGAGGCAAAGUCGACCACUCCAAAAGAAGAGGAGUCCAAGACAACCACUUUAAAAAAUGACAUGCUACCAAAAACAGGGGAGUCAAAAACUACCACACCAAAAGAAGAGGAGUCCGAGACAACCAUGUUAAAAAAUGAAAUGUUACCAAAAACAGGGGAGUCAAAAACUACCACACCAAAAGAAGAGGAGACCAAGACAACCACGUUAAAAAAUGAAAUGUUACCAAAAACAGGGGAGUCAAAAACUACCACACCAAAAGAUGAGGAGUCAAAAACAACCACACUUAAAAAUGAUAUGCUACCAAGUACCACACCAAAAGAUAGAGAAUCAAAAAGUACCACAUCUAAAGAACCCACACUUUCUCAGAAUGGGGAGUUAACCUCAACUACACUUAAUGAUGACACUGUAACUAAACCAGAAGAUUUGAAGACUACAAUGAAUGAAAAACCAAAGAUUGAUGGUUUACAGAAACCAGAAGAAGGUUCAUCAAAAAUUUGGGAAGAAACUACAUUUGAAACCUUAGUGAAGUACAACCCUCUUGGAUAUGUUAGUGAUAACUCUACUAUGUUUAAUGACACAGGAGAUUCGCUAGAAUUCAGAAGCUAUUAUUAUGAAGAUGACUUGGUAAAUAUGGCAGAACAAGAAAAUUCAACAAGAGUGCCUGAUGACGUUGAUGAUGAAAAUCCAUCUAAAAAUGGAACACCAAAUGUUAAAACCCUUUCCCCAAAAAAAAACUUAACCGGACCUAUCAAAGAAGAAGAAAAGAAAAUUUUUUUUGAACUUGAAAAUUCCACUGAUUCUACUGAUCAAGAUGGGGACAAGCAGUUUGAAUUAGAAUCGGAGAAUAGUGAUCAACCAAAUGAAUUAUCAAAAAGUGUUGACAUUGAAAAUUCCACUGAUUCUUCUUUUGGUCAAGAUGGGGACAAGCAAUCGGAAUUAGAAUCAGAGAAUAGUGAUCAACCAAUUAAAUUGUCGAAAAGUGUUGACACUGAAAAUUCCACUGAUUCUACUGAUCAAGAUGGGGACAAGAAGUUUGAAUUAGAAUUGGAGAAUAGUGAUCAACCAAAUGAAUUAUCAAAAAGUAUUGAAUCUAAAAAUUCUACUGAUUCUUCUGGUCAAGAUGGGGACAAGCAAUCAGAAUUAGAAUCAGAGAAAAGUGAUCAUCCAAAUGAAUUAUCAAAAAGUGUUGACACUGAAAAUUCUACUGAUUCUUUAUCUAAUAAAAGUGGGGACAAGCAGUUUGAAUUAGAAUUGGAGAAUAGUGAUAAACCAAAUGAAUUGUCAAAAAGUGUUGACAUUGAAAAUUCCACUGAUUCUUCUUCUGGUCAAGAUGGGGACAAGCAAUUGGAAUUAGAAUCAGAGAAUAGUGAUCAACCAAUUAAAUUGUCGAAAAGUGUUGACACUGAAAAUUAUACUGAUUCUUCUGAUCAAGAUGGGAAAAAGCAGUUGGAAUUAGAAUUGGAGAAUAGUGAUCAACCAAAUGAAUUAUCAAAAAGUGUUGACACUGAAAAUUCCACUGAUUCUUCAUCUGAUAAAAGUGGGGACAAGCAGUUGGAAUUAGAAUUGGAGAAUAGCGAUCAUCCAAAUGAAUUGUCAAAAAGUAUUGAGUCUAAAAAUUCUAAUAAUUCUUCUGCUCAAGAUGGGGAAAAGCAGUUGGAAUUAGAAUUGGAGAAUAGCGAUCAACCAAAUGAAUUGUCAAAAAGUAUUGAAUCUGAAAAUUCUACUGAUUCUUCUGAUCAAAAUGGGGAAAAGAAGUUGGAAUUAGAAUUGGAGAAAAGUGAUCAACCAAAUGAAUUGUCAGAAAGUGUUGACACUGAAAAUUCUACUAAUUUUGAUGUGCAAGACAAACAAUUAGAAUUAGAACUUGAUAAUAAAAAUGAUUUAAAAGAGACUCAUGAUUCAAAAAGCAUUGAAUUCAAACCAAGCAAUAGUUCCGAGGAAAUUGAGCUAGAAGCAGCUUUGGAGAACAGCAGUAGCAGCAAUAAUGUAACAAAUUCAACUCUGGCAGAGGAUAAAGAACUAACGUUUAGGAGUGAUGAGUUGGAAUUAGAGAUUAUUAAGGAACAGGCUAAAAAGUUAAAUAACAGUAUUGACACUUCUGUAGAAUUAUCAACCACCAACAGGAGCAAUGAAAACCUUACACUUGAGUCAGAUUUGACGUCAGAAAACAUCAAAGGAGCACAAAAGGAGUCUCUGAAUAAAAACUCAACAAAUGUUUUGAAUGAAAAAGAAAUUGAAUUUGAGUUUAUGCAUAGCCCUACUGAAAAAGCUAAUAUUAGUAGUAACAUUAAUGUUUCUCAAAAUGUGCAAAAAAUAAACAGUUCAAUUGCAGUAUUAGAAUUAGAACCAACUGUACAAAAUGGCGAUGCAUUGAAUAACGACUUGCAAAAGAAUGUGUCCCAGACAGCAGAACUAGAAUUUAACUUUGGAAAUGAUUCAGGAAAUGAAACUGUAAAAGAUGUUCGGAUAGAAACCACUGACUUUAUACCUGAAGAUAUAAAAGAUGUUCUGGAAACAGAGAUAGAAACUGUUUUAAAGAAUGACAGCAGUCAGAAUAAAUCAAACAAUAGCACAAAUUUAGAGUUAGAAUUUGAUGAGUCUUCUGGCAAAACCAAAGAAACCAAUUUAGAAGUAAAAACCUAUGAAUCUAGUGGGGUAAAUGGAGACAAAAAUAUCAAACUUGAAUCAACUUUAGAGAAAGGAAACAGUAUUAAUUCAGAGUCCGUUGCAACCUCUCAAGUAUUAGAAUUUGAUUUGUCUCAUGGCUCUCCUACAACCAAAAUAACUGAAAAUGGGACAAUCACAAGAUCAUAUCAACUCAAGGAUGAAACGACGUUUGAGUCGAUUUCAGAAGAUUUAAAAAGUAAAGAAUCGAAUAAAAACCCUAAGAAUAUUGUACGAACAAUAAAACUUAUUACAACUUUGUCUAAUGAUGGAAAAAAAUUAAGUAUCAAUGAUACGAUUACCCCCUCUCGCCUAAAUCAAGGAAAGUAUGAAUCUAUUGAAAUGGAGUUUGAAAAUCUGAAAGGAAAAGAUGGGGCAGUCAAGGUGAUUCAUGAAGUUGUGCAUACCAACUCCUCGGGUACAUUUACAGUCAAUGUAUCUGAUGUUAAUAUACUUGUAAAUCCAUCUCAAUUGGAAACCUAUGAAAGAAUACUGAACAACACAUAUACAGAAUCUCUAGCUGCAGAAGGGAACACAAAUAACAACACCCUAGGAAUCAUCCAACAAGCUUGCCUUGGACAAAUCACUGAAAGAAGUAGUCAGCAAUUUAACUGUUGGCCCCCUUACCUUCCCCACAGUAAGUGCUCUCUGAAAUGCCCUGUCCAUUAUUCAUCAAGUAUGUCCGAGUUCUAUUGUGAUGAAAAUAGUAUAAUGGUUUAUGAAAAAGAUGAACCUCAACUGUCAUGCAAAGAAUGUGAUGUGAAAGCUGAGAAAGAGAACGGAAUGUGCGUGUGUAAAACUGGGUAUGCAGGAGAUGGGUUUACGUGUGGAAAAGACUCCGAUCUUGAUAACUACCCCGAUAAGACGCUAGAAAACUGUGUAGGGCCAUACUGUAAAAAGGACAACUGUAAAAACAUUGUGAACCCGGAUCAAUUAGACAGUGAUGGAGAUGGUACGGGAAACUUCUGUGAUGAUGAUGAGGAUAAUGACGGAAUCUAUGAUAAAGUUCAGGGAGAGUCCAUUUGUCCUGAAGCUACAAAAAAUUUGAUUCUCACAAGAAUAGAGAUGGCAUUUAACCAAAAUGAUCUGCUCGACGAGGGGUCUGCUAUGAAAUUGAAGAAAGAGCAGAUAAUUUGCUUCACUAAUUUGGAGUCCCCGGAUAAUUGUCCCAAAGUAUCCAACCCAAACCAGGAAGAUCAGGACCAAGAUCUGGUCGGAGAUGCUUGUGACAACUGUCCAACUAAAUUCAAUCCUUUUCAAAAAGACUCUGAUGAUGAUGGGAAGGGGGAUAAAUGUGAUGAAGAUUAUGAUAAUGAUGGAAUCCUGAAUAAACCUGAUAACUGUCCCUUUGAUCCUAAUCCUGAGCAGAAAGACGAAGAUGGUGAUGGAGUUGGAGAUAUUUGCGAUAAUUGCGUCAAGUUUAGUAACAAAAACCAAACUGAUAUUAAUCAAAACGAUAUUGGUGAUGAAUGUGAGACUGGAGAUGAUGAAGAUGGGGAUGGGAUAUUUAAAGAAGACAACUGUCUGAGUAUUGCAAAUGUGAAUCAAUUAGAUAGUGAUAAAGACGGUUUAGGAGAUGCCUGCGAUCCUGAUAAAGAUGGUGAUGGUAUAAUAAAUGAGGAAGAUAAUUGUCCAUUAGUUCCAAACCCAGAACAGACUCCAUCCUUGAAUGACCCAAGUGUAGGAGAUGUCUGCUAUAGAGACAGAGAUGGAGAUGGAACUCCGGACUACUUAGACGUCUGCCCUUUUAAUCCAGAAAUUGAAAAGGUGGACUUCUAUAAAAAGUCAAUGAAGAAAAUCAAUUUAUGCCUUGCUUCAGAGGCGGCAGGGUUCUCGGGACUUCUUGUCUGUCAGAAGCCGAAUCCUGAAUGGGAAGACAGAAAAAAUGGAACAGAGCUUUACCAAGCAUUAAACAGUAGGCCCUCGCUUGCUGUGAUAAAAGAUCUAGUUUUUGAAGAUGUUGAAUACAAUGGAACAUAUUAUGUUCAGGAUAAAUCAGAUAAUGAUUGGUUAGGGGUUGUUUUUGGAUUUCGGAAUGUCUUUAGCUUCUAUGUUGUCAUAUCCAACAAACACAAGAAAGCAGCCGGACAGAAAACCAAUGCAAUGUGGUGGACGAUUAAAAAAAUUCAAGUGAAGGACUCGGAAAAUGCGACUAAAGCCUUUCAACUAUUAAUGGGAUCUCUAAAAAAGCAGAAAUCUCGUAAAGGGGUUUCAAAGAACCUUUGGGAGGAUCCUGAGAAACAACAGUGGAAAACAAGGAAAUCCAUGCAAUGGACUAUAAAACAUAUACCUUCAAAGGGUCUAAUACGAUUAAAAAUGUUUGAGAAUGGAGUCAAAGUGCUAGAUUCUGGUGAUGUUUUGGACCCAGAACCUAUUCUUGGAGGACAACUUGGACUCUAUGUCAGCAGUCAAAAAGAUGUGUUGUUUGCUAAAUUAAAAUACGCCUGUCUUGACAGUCCAAAAAGUUCUAAAAACGAGGAAAUAACAGAACUGAAAAGUAAACCUGGAUUUAUUAUGAAAAUGGAACCUAAAACUGAUGAAAAUCAGCUGGAUAAAGAAACUAAAAAUAUGAUUGCUGAUGAAGAAGAUGAAGAAGAAGAACAUGAAGAAGAUGAAGAAGAUGAAGAAGAUGAAGAAGAAGAUUACAAAAUGGAAACGGACACUGAUGAAAGUUAUUCCAUUGCACUUGGGGGUAAAAAUAUCAAGAGGGAAGAAGAUGAGGUCAAGCAGAAAAGUAACAAACGAGACUCUAAUUCAGAAAUGAAUAGAAUCAAACGUGAAACCGGGACAUCUUCAGUAGAAUUCAACUCCUUGUUGGUAGAUGUUGAUGGCAACUAUUCAGUCAACCUAAAUUUAACAAAUCCUAGAAAAGAACUCCACGCAAACAAAUUUCACAAAAAAUUUAAGCCUGACCCUCAAGCUUUAAGACGUCACUUUAGACAGUUAUUUGUGAAAAAGAAAUCAAACUCAAAAUAACUGACACAGAAAUAGAAUAUAAUUUUGAAAAAAUAAACAAAAUAAAAAAG